CCGGGCCGUGGCAGUGUGUCUCGCCAUGAAGUGGGUAGCACUUGCUGGUCUGUUCGCCUUUCUCAUCACUGUUGGACAGGAGGUUGUUGAUGCGUCUAAACAUGACGCUGUUGCCAAAGUGCCGAUUGCCGUUUUCUUCCCCGCGCCAGAGCCAGAUCUUCCCGUCCCAGAGAAUGUGACGGUGGACGCCCUCAGCACAACUGAGCUCCUCGUCUCGUGGUACUAUCGUCGCCUCCCGGAGUUGAACGUCACGGAGGAUUGCCCUGUGACCUCUUCUGUUUCUUCUACUUUCACUACUACUACUGACUAUAGAGGUUCCGGUAGGAUCGUAGUAUAUGAAGAGAGCAGUACCGGAGCGAGUCCAACAGCUGCGGAAACUUCUACCAAAGCUGAGGAUACAUCCACCUCAGAGGUCCCUCAUUUAGAGUUUGAAGUGGAAUGGAUGGGUCCGGGCGGCAACUUGAACUCCGACAGGACCUUCGAGUGCCAGUACGUCGUAGCAGGGCUCGCUCCAGCCACCAACUAUACUCUUGCCGUUAGGGCUUUGUACGAUGGCUUCGAAAGUGAGUUCUCGGAGGCAGUCGCAGCGCAGACGAUGGCAUCGCCUACUUCCAACCUGCCGCUCAUCCUCGGCCUCAGCAUCGGCAUCCCCCUCGUUCUGGUCCUCGCUGGGUGCUUGGUCUACCAUCGCUGCUACAAGAGGGAUCGCAAGACUGAACCCAAAACGAGACCGGUUAUAGAACUCGUACAAACAGAAGAUCUGUUGCGGAAUGAGUACCAAAGACAAUUCAAAAACCUGGAACCUACAAGACCCACUGAUAUAGCUAAGAGAUUCCCUAACAAAAAUCGCUACGGCGACGUUUUACCUUAUGAUCAUACGCUGGUGCAACUAAGCAACGUAGACUAUAUAAACGCUUCCUAUGUUUUGGGCAAGAAAUUCAUCGUCGCUCAGGACCCGAUGCCUGACCAAGGGGACGACUUUUGGCAGCUGAUCUGGGAACAGAACGUCCACGUCAUCGUUCGUCUCUCGUCUGACUUACCAAACCAAUCGGUAGCCGUUUACGUGAAGGAAGCAGGUGAAGGGCGCUGGGUUAUGGGUCAUGAUGAGCUGGAAAUUACAGUAACGAAACAGAGCAGUGUGGGAACUCUCCUAUCGAAAACGCUUCAGGUCUCCAAGGGCCAGACGCAACGUACAAUCCACUUCUACCAAAUGAAGGGCUGGUUCGACGAAGCCUUGCCAACGCCAAAGGACCUCGUCCACCUCGUCAUGAUCGGCAGGAGCUCCAGGCGGGAGCUGGGACCCAGGACCCCGGUGCUCGUGCACAGCGGCGCUGGGGCCGGUCGAAGUGGGACACUGAUUGCUGUUUGGCAGAUGAUUGACUUGCAGAUUAGUGGAAACAUUAGCAACCUUGUUCGAGUUCUUAAUGAGAUGAGGAAUGACAGAGUGUCCGUGAUACAGUCGGAGGUGAGUCAAGCGCAACGAUAUUUCAGUGGAGAUCGGUGA